CAGGGCAGCUUUAAAGUCGUCGAGGGCACGCGGUGGCGCCUCACUUCCUGGUUGAAGAUGGCGGAUGAGAAUGAGACAGCACCGAUGCCGGAGAAAGAAGAUGUAGAGGACCACGGACACUGCAGCGACUGUGAAAAUGAAGAGCACCACUCCGACGACGGUGACAGGGGUCUGGGUGACGACACUGGUGCCAAGAAGAAGAAAAAGAAGCAAAAAAAGAAGAAGAAAUCUGGUGCUCCAGAAGCUGCUCAGGAUCCCCUUGCCAAGGUGAAUUCAUUGCCAGCUGAUAAGCUACAGGAGAUCCAAAAGGCCAUUGAACUGUUCUCUGUAGGCCAGGGCCCUGCCAAGACCAUGGAGGAGGCCACUCGGAGGAGUUACCAGUUCUGGGACACACAGCCGGUGCCCAAGCUAGGAGAGACGGUGACAUCACACGGCUCUAUUGAACCUGACAAAGACCACAUUCGGGAGGAGCCCUACAGCCUCCCGCAGGGCUUCAGCUGGGACACCCUCGACUUGGGGAACGCUGGUGUGCUGAAGGAGCUUUACACCCUUCUCAACGAGAAUUAUGUUGAAGAUGAUGACAACAUGUUCCGAUUUGACUACUCUCCGGAGUUCCUCCUCUGGGCCCUGCGGCCCCCUGGCUGGUUGCCCCAGUGGCAUUGUGGGGUGAGAGUGAACUCCAACCAGAAGCUUGUAGGCUUCAUCAGUGCCAUUCCUGCUUCCAUCUGCAUCUACGACAUAGAAAAGAAAAUGGUAGAGAUAAACUUCCUCUGCGUCCACAAGAAGCUUCGCUCCAAACGCGUUGCUCCGGUUCUGAUAAGAGAAAUCACCAGACGGGUCAACCUGCAGGGCAUCUUUCAGGCAGUGUACACUGCUGGAGUGGUACUGCCCAAACCUGUGGGCACAUGCAGGUACUGGCAUCGCUCUUUGAACCCACGCAAACUUAUCGAGGUGAAGUUCUCCCACCUGAGCAGGAACAUGACGAUGCAGCGCACCAUGAAGUUGUACCGUCUGCCCGACACUCCUAAAACUUCUGGUCUACGGACGAUGACCAAGAAGGAUGUCCCAGUGGUGCAUCGCCUCCUACGGGAGUACCUGAGCCAGUUCAACCUGGUGCCCGCCAUGAACCAGGAGGAGGUAGAACACUGGCUGCUACCCCGGGAGAAUAUUAUCGACACUUACCUGGUGGAGAACGAUGGCAAGGUCACAGACUUCCUGAGCUUUUACACUCUGCCCUCCACCAUAAUGAACCACCCUGUGCACCGCAGUUUGAAAGCAGCUUACUCCUUCUACAACGUGCACACCACCACGCCCUUUCUCGACCUGAUGUCUGACGCCCUCAUUCUGGCCAAAUCGAAAGGGUUUGACGUCUUCAAUGCACUGGAUCUAAUGGAAAACAAGACUUUCCUGGAGAAGCUUAAGUUCGGCAUCGGUGAUGGAAAUCUACAGUAUUAUCUGUACAAUUGGAAGUGUCCCAGCAUGGGCUCAGAAAAGGUUGGGUUGGUUCUGCAGUGACGUCCCUUUACGCCAUAAACAAGUGUCACCAACAGGCCAGGAGAUGGGCCCUUCGCACUGACCACCUGCCUGAUGGACUGACUUCCUGUUUAAAAAAAAAAAAAAAACACCGCCCAUUUUUACUUUUUGAUCUUUUGAACUUUGACCUGCACUACCGCUGCCAGGCAGGGAGGAGGAAGAGCAGCGAGGCUCUCCCCGCCUCCCUCGAUCACAUGGACCUUAAGCCGUUGUUACCAUCCCAAUCAAUGGUACUUCAUCUGAGCGCUGUCUUAAUUGUACCAAUCACACAAGAACAGCACAGAUUCCUGUAUAUCGAACAUUUACUGUUGGCAUACCUACGAAACGUAAAUUACAUGUAAAUAAUAUCAAACAUUACUUCUGGUUAUUUCCCUAAGACACACAGACCAGAACCCACAGUUCUGUUUUGAUUCCUAAACGUGGAAAUUGCUUUUUGCAUUUGAAUUAAAUCCGUCAUUCUUAGGUUUUAGAUACGGGGGGGGGGGGGAAGCUAAAUGAUGGAAAACGAUUUCGAAGAGAAAGCGGUUCAAUGUGUGAGGUAAUAAAUACCCAAAGUGGACACCAGAUAAGGGCUUCUGUUAAAAUCUUUCUUGUUUUUUUUUUUUUUCCAUUUCAUUUUUUUUUUU